AGUGACUUCACCUUUUUUUACAUUAGUGGUAUAAAAAGGCAGAAAUAAGUCGUAGUGAGCACUUUAUGCAGGCGCUUAGCUUAGACAGAAUGUUUGCCUCUAAAUUUCUUACUGUGCUGCGGGCCGGCUGAAAUUCCCAAUUUGACAAAGAGAAAAUGGCAGCAAAAGGGCCGCGGGUGUCCAAAGAGCAGGCGGCUAUUCUCGUGCAGUUCAUCGAGCAGCACCCAUACCUGGCGAGAGCUUCUACAGAGUUCUCGCCACGUAUGACUGCUGCUCGAAAAAACGAACUGUGGGAGGAGGUGGCGGCGGUGCUUAACGCACAGGGGCCAGCCGUAAAGGCCACCAGCCGUUGGCGGAACCAUUGGGCCAAGAUGGCCCAUAAAGCGAAAAAAGAAGCGGCCAGGGCCGCGAGCGAGAAGAGGGCUACUGGAGGUGGCAAAGUGGGUGGCGUGGACGGCCGCGUCCUCGACGUCCUUAUGAGGACAGGAGGGGUCCUUGUUUCCCCCCCUGAGUACUUCCCCGAUAGCGAGGACGAGGCAAGUUCAGAGGAAGCUGCAGGGCCCAGCGGUUCCCGCAGAAAUCUACCAGCGACAACUGCUUUCGUGGUGUCGGGCCCUGCAGCUGUUGCUGGGCCAAGUGGCCUUACACAGCCACCGGCUACGCCCCAGGUGCUGCGGCCUACGCCCCAGGUGCUGCAGCCUACCCCCCAGGUGCUGCGGCCUACCACCCAGGUGCCGCGGCCUACCACCCAGGUGCCGCAGCCAACCCCGCAGGUGCCGCAGCCAACCCCGCAGGUGCCGCAGCCAACCCCGCAGGUGCCGCAGCCAACCCCGCAGGUGCCGCAGCCAACCCCGCAGGUGCCACAGCCUACCCCCCAGGUGCCGCAGCCUACCCCUCGAGAGCCACGGGCACCCCGUAGACAGCCCAGGCAGCAGGAACUUGAUGGUGCUGUGAUGACGGCUACUGCCGCAUACGUUCGCCAGAGCCAGUUGGAGGAAGCCAGAGUUCAAGAGGACACUCGCUUCCGCCAACAACUGCUGGAACAAAACCGGCAGCACCACGAGGCCCACCUGCAGAGCCUGCGGCAGCACCACGAGGCCCACAUGGAGAGCCUGCGGCACCUCGGGGAGGAGGUGGCGGCAAUGCGGGAAGUGGAGUCUCAGCGCCUCGAAGUGCAGCGGCAACGCCUCGAAGUGGCGCGUCGGUCGCACGAGACCAACGAGCGCCUGCUUCAGCUGCUGCUGGCUGCACUGGGGCAUGGUGGCAGCCAAGCCCCUCCCCCCUCUCAGGCCCCACAUAAUUAAAGGUAGCAUAGGCAAGGAAUUUGUAACUUAUCUUAAAAUUUGCUGAUGUAUUAAUGAUAUGAAGGGCAAAUAUUGCUAGUUUGCAAAUAAAUAAUUGCUGAAGUCACCCUUUAAUGCAACCAUAAGUAGCAUAGCCGUUGCAGCAUGAAUUUUUUCUUCAAGGUUUACUUCAGCCAUAAGAGCGUGCACACCAUCAGGCUCACCUGCAAAAGUGCCUGUAGGCCUGGUGUGUGCGGGCAUUCCGACUGUGGCGCUGCAAUUUUGAGGUGCCUAGUUAUUGUCAUGUCAAUUUAAGCACGACGCCACACUGCAAGUGUUCUACAAUUUAAUCCUUGUCAUCGAAUGGUGAAAUUUUCAGGCCUUACUAUAAUGUCGAAAGCAACCUGUCAAUAUACACAGCAAAAAAGAAAAAAGUUAUGAAAAUUCCUUGCCUAUGCUCCUUCUUUUCAUUUGUAAUGUUUAUUUUUUGUUUGUUGCAUAUGCAUAUUUGUUUGUGUCACUACGUCUGUCACUGAGCUGGAAUGUCUCUUUUCUUGCACAUCUGUCUCAUUAUCAAACAAUUUGUUGUCAUUCAGUAAUCUUUCAGGUUGUGAUACAUUGUAUUUUAGCCCUUGUGGUGCAAUUUGUGUGUAAUAUUUAUGCAGUUUGUCUUACUGAAUAUCAUAAUAUGGUGCUAUGGCUCUUUCAGUUUGAGCGCCACAACAGCAUGUUCCUUUCACAUGUAGUGAUGUACCUAUACAUUUCGCUGUGAUAAAUAUUCGGUUGGCAUGUGAUUUAAGCACCUGCUCAUUUCUGUUUCUGGUGCAGUUUAAGCCAGUUGUUAUUACUGUGUACUUGUGCAGUGUACAACAGUUUUCUUAAACGAUGCAUGCCGUUACCUGUGAUAUAUUACGAUGCAAGAACAAUGUGAUCCGAUAUUUAUUCCAACGUGUCUGUGAUAUGUUGCAUAAUGUCUCUACUACUGAGUACUCAUGAUUCUCACACUUCUUCAAUGUAGAGACUGUCGCAUGUGAUGUGUGCAUAAACAAGUGUAUGUUGAAGACUGAAAUACAGAAAGGUGCAGUUUUC